AUGGACCCACAGCUCAGAAUUCUGCUGGAGGUUGUUAUGGAGGCACUUGUAGAUGCGGGACUGGAUCCAAGCUGCCUUGCGAGGGUGGGUGUGUAUGUGGGGACUGGGGAUUCCCAGGCAUGGGAGGCAUGGAGUUCCGACCCAGACAAGCCGAGGCCAGGGGUGAGGACUGGCUGUGCAAAACACAUGAUGGCCAACACUGUGUCGGAAGUGUUCCACUGGACUGGGCCCAGUCUUACCCUCCAGGGCAGUGAUGCUGCAGGCUGUUUGGCCCUUGAGCAAGCAUAUUCCAGUCUGAGGCAGGGUGAUGUUGAAUGUGCAGUGGUUGCCGGGGCAAGCAUUGCAUUCAAAAUGGCUGCAAACAUGUGGAUGACAGAACAUGGCCUUGGCUCAGACAUGCCGAAGCCUUUUGACAAAUCUGCCUCAGGAUUUAUUGGUGGUGAUGGAGUGGUUGCUAUGGUGUUACAGUGUCAUGAGACGGCCAAGAGGGUUCAUGCCAUCAUUGUAAACACUGAGACACAGGUCUCCAGGCCAGAUGAAACAGGUCUUUGCUACCCAAGCCUCCAGAGCCAGCAGCAGUUUCUUUCUGACUUCUAUGUUUCUCUGGAUGAAGAUGUUCACGAUGAGGUGGAGUAUGUGGAAGCCCAUGGUCUAGGUAUACCUGAUGUGGACAGGGAUGAAGUUGGGGCUCUUGCCAGGGUGCUGUGUCAGGACAGGGUGGGGCAGCUGCAGAUAGGCUCAGUAAAGGCCAGCACAGGCCACACAUUGUCUGUGUCAGUUUUGGUUUCAAUUGCAAAGAUAUUGGUUGCCAUGGGAAGUGGUAUGAUACCAGCAAACACAGAAUUUGCUGAAAACAACCCUAAAAUAUCUCCAUUAAGAGAUGGAAGAGUCAAAAUUGUAAAAGAAAACACAAGAAUGCAUCAUGGGUAUUGUGCAGUAAAUAGCCUUGGUAUGGGUGGCUAUCACAGCCAUACCCUCCUAUUGGCCAAUGAGAAAACCCGCGCACUGCAUUACAUGGCGUCACACUCCGCUCGACUGUGUGUGUAUCAAGGAGUUACAGAAGAGGGCCUGCAUAAGUUGCUUCAGUUCAUGUGCAACCAUUGUGAUGACUUCGAACUGCACAGCCUGUUGAAUGAAACCAGCCAGUUGGAAUUGACCUCGGGACAGAGCGGCCAGUACCCAUACAGGGGAUACUGUGUCCUAAACUCCGGGGCACCUGAGGUACAUGUAAAGUGCUUUUCAGCUCCAUUGCAUCAUCCAUUGUGGCUGGUGUUCUCAGGAGUGGGCAGUAUGUCUCCAGCCCUUGGGCGGUCACUGCUAGGUCUUGAUUUGUUCCACCAGUCAGUCCUAGAAAGUGGGGAGGUCCUUAAACAGUAUGACUUCAACCUGCACUGCCUGCUUACAGAGGGUGGUGACAACGCCUUUGAGGUUAUUCUUAACAGACAAGUUGCUCUUACAGUCAUACAGAUUGGAUUCGUGAGCCUGCUUAGAGAAAUGGAAAUUGUGGUAGAUGGUCUGCUUGGGUUGGGCAGUGGUCAGUUGGCUUGUUGCUACAUGGAUGGCAGUCUGACUGCCCGUGAAGCUAUACUUGCUGCAUACUGGUGGGGUCAUGCAUUGGAAAACUGCAAGAACAAGGAUCUUAAGGCUGCGGCAGAGGCAUUUAGGAGGAAUAUGAAAGGGAUUAUUCAGCCCAAGUCAUUUUCCAAGUGUUGGGUGCAUACAUCACAAUCAAAGGCUGAAAGUUGUACCAUUGACUAUCUUGUGGAGAUCAUGUCUUGUGAAGCAAAAAGGGAACAAGCUAAAGAAGUUCCAAGCCAUGAUGAACACCAGCUAGAAGCCUUUAAACAAGUACCUAGACACGCAAUUGUCAUUGAGGUUGCAACAGGACAAGGGACUUCGAAAAAGAUACAAGAGUUAUUAGACAACCAAGUUACUGCUGUAAGCUUGAUGGAAAAAGGGAGUGAUGAUGAAGUUGAAAAUUUCUUCGAAAGUCUUGGACAGUGCUAUCUGGCUGGCCUGCAGUUUAACCCCCUUGGAAUAUUCCCCCCCAUGGAGUAUCCUGUCUCUCGAGGCGUCCCCUUGCUAUCACCCUUCUUUACCUGGGACCACGCCCAUUCCUGGGACGUGCCACACCAAGAGGACUUUCUUACUGGGGGACACGGACAAUUCAGCCAGACCAGCUUUCAGAUUGCUACAGAUGGCAAAUACAGUCACCUGCUGGAUCAUGUGAUCAGUGGUCGUCCAGUGUUCCCAUUGGCUGGUCACAUUCUGUUGGCAUGGAAGUGUCUAGCCCGUUACCAUGGUGAGCUGUUUGAACAAAUGGCUGUGCAGCUUGAAGGUGUACAAGUCCAUCGCCCAGUUAUCUUGCCUGACAAUGGAGCACUGCUAAGCAUGCAUGUCAGGGUGAUCCCCCUUGUUGGUGAGUUUGAGAUCACAGAAGGCCAGGAGCUGGUGUGUAGUGGGAGAAUCACACGCCUUGGGAAAUCCCUACCUGACACAUGUCUAGAUGCCCCACCCACAUCACCACUGAGGAAGCUGGAGAUACAUUUAACUCAAGAGGAGGUAUACAGGGAGUUAUGUCUGAUGGGUCACAACUACAGUGGAAAGUUUCAGGUGGUCACACAGGCAGACAACAAUGGAGAGAGUGGUCAGGUUACCUGGACUGGUGACUGGUUGACAUUUAUGACUGGAAUGAUACAGCUGAGCCUUCUUGGUGAACCAGUCCAUCGAUCUCCACACAUCACCAGACUUGGUCAGGUUUCCAUCAAUCCAGCUGUACACAGGGAUGGUGUGGAAUCUGGAUUGGCACUAGAGGAUGCAACAGUGUUACCUCAGGAGGAGUAA